AUGGCCUAUUCACUUCUUUCUGAUUUGGAUGCUACUCGCGAUGACUGGCUGAUUAGAGUCCGAGUCUGCCGGCUUUGGGAAAUGAUUAAUCACAAGCGCAGCCCAGACAUGAUAAGCCUUGACAUGAUACUAAUUGAUAAAAAGGGAACAUUGAUGCAUGCAAUAAUCUUGAUGAACCAAGUCAAUAAGUUUCGUGAUAAGUUGAAGGAAGGAUCUGCAGAUGAUAUCGUCCAUAUCCCUCAGAAUGGUUUUCAGUUUAUUCAACCAGAAAUUAUUCGCUCAAGGAUCAACAACAACAUUCUCUUGUAUGAUGUUGUUGGAUGCUUAUGCGGAAUUGGUGAUAUAGAAAGUGUGGGUUCAAAAUGGCAGAAGCGCGACAUACACAUUCUUACCGAUCUGGAGGACCUGACUAUCAAAUCUAGAAUAACUUUGUGGGAGGACCAUGGCGAAUCAUUUUAUUCCUAUGUAUAUCCGAACGACUCUGGACCCUAUAUUGUCAUUUUCACUGCUACAACGGUCAAAGAAUUCAGAGGCGAACUAACUUUUUCCACCACCGCUGCAAGUAAAAUUUAUGUCAAUCUUAAAAUGGACAACGUCACCGCCUUGCUUCAUAAGUUCUCAAAGAAGUCAGCUGAUGUCGUAACUAUUGCGAGUGGAAACUCAAGUAACGUUUCCAGUGCACAAGCUAUGUUUGAAAAUAGGAUGACUAUUGUAGAGUUAUUAGAUUCUGAAUGGACUCCCGACAUAGAGGAAUGUGUAGUUACACUCUUCGCGCUAAUCACUGCAAUAGAGAAUUUCUUUGAUUGGUAUUACAUUUCAUGUAACUUAUGCAACAAGAAAGUUGAAUCUUCAAAUGGUGUCUACACAUGCCAGAAGUGCAACAAACAAUGUGACUUACAAUUGAUUAGAAUGGUUUUUACGGUACAAGGUAAAGUGAUAUUGGAAGAUUUAACUGAACAAACAGACUUCAAUGCGAAAGGAUCAAACACAGACUACUCUAAAGAACUUUCUGAUGAAAGGGACGCUUCCAUUUCCAAACAAAGAGUUUAUUCAAGAAAGUUGAAGAAGCGAAGGAACUUAUUUAUAGCUGACACUGAAACGAGUGAUGAUGCUAACUUCCAAGGAGAUGUUAUUGUUGAAAACCGCAAAAACGGGCUCCAAAGGAUCACUGAUUUACACCCAAGUUUCAUGUCAAUGACUUACCCAUUAAUACACCCAUACGGUGAAGAUGGAUAUAGACUAGGAAUACAAUUGGUGUCUCAAAGCCAAAAAAAUUACACACGCGAGCACAUGACAAUGAGACAAUAUUAUGGAUACCGCAUACAACAACGGCUUAAGGAGGGGCACACACUUAUACAGGCUGGAAAGUUACUGCAGCAGUACAUUGUGGAUGGUUACAUGGCGAUUGAAGAGGAGUGA